AUGGUGCGCCCUACCAGAAAUAAGAAACCAGUCAAUUACUCACAGUUUGAGGGGUCUGGUGGUGAGUCUGAUGAUGAUUUUAUUUCUGCAACCACACCUAUAAACAAAAAGUCCAAAACUGUGCCAAAGGAGUUAAAGCAGAGCAAACCAAAACCUAACUUGAAGAAUCUCCAAAAAGAAGACAUCUUACCAACAGAACCUCCUAAAAAAAGGGUGGCUCUAGACGACAAGGUCUUCCAGCGAGGCCUCGAGGUUGCCCUAGCUUUGUCCGUGAAGGAACUCCCCGCACUCGCCAGCCAAGUGAAGACAUCUCAAGAGAAAAGCACCGACCAACAAGGCAAUAGGAAAACAGAGAUAAUGGAUAAGUGUCCCUGUGUCUCUAACGGCAGUGUAGCCAGUGAUGGUUUAGAAGAUUUGGAUAAGAUCGUGGAGGAGGGGGAUGCCAGCAGUGCUGACGGGGAGAAAACAGCAGCAUCUAAAGCCGACGCUCAGCAGAGGAGGCGGGGGGUGCUUUCUGAAAGCAGCAAUGGCAGCGGUGCUGAUGACACUGAGCCGGACACUGCAACUGAUUCAGAAGGUGAUUCUGAUUUUGAUGAGAGUGAAGAAAGCGAUGAAGACUUUUCUGUGAGAAAAAGUAAAGUUAAAGAAAAGAAGAAAACAGUGCAGAAAAAGCCUGCAGUGGAAAAGGUGGGAAAGAAGGAAAAGAAAUCAAAACCCAAAUGUGAAGCAUCAGUGCCUUCAGUAGACCCGGCUCCAGCUUCCAUCGACUCAGGAUCUCCAUCCUUACCCCAGGCAGUUAUUGGUCUUUCUUCUGAGGCCUCUAGGAAUCCAGCAAGAAUGUGCAGCCCUUCAGCUGAAGGCAAGAGGCCCAAGUGGGUCCCACCAGCUGCCUCUGGGAGCAGAAGCUCCAGCAGCAGUGCACUGCCAGGAGCACCCACCAAGUCCCCGAGUCAGAGCCUCCGCCUAGGCCUCUCCCGAUUAGCACCAGUUAAGCGUUUGCACCCAAGUGCCACAAGUAGCCAAGUGCGGUAGCAGGAAAGGACGCUGGGACCCUCAGCUCUGCACGCGGUUGCCCAGCUUGCACAUGGAGGAACCUUUAACAGGUCACAUGAAGGAUCUCUGCCUGUUUUGUGAUUCUGGUCCCAUCAAAGCCCUUCUAUCCUUCAGCAAAGGGUUCUCAGGGGCUCUCCUUGUGCCACUUCUGAAGAAGGGGUGUGUUUUCUUAUGUUUCAUAAGUCACUGUCACUUGGGGUUCCACAGCACUUCUGUAGUCACAUGAUAUGUCUCCCAGCUCUGUCUGGCAAGGGAGCAUCCUGGGUUUCUUCAGGAGGCAUUUCUGAAAUGUUUCCCACUGCCUUUUCUUAGGUUUACUACAAGCUUGCUGUCUUUAUCUGGGUCUUUCUUCGUAAGAAUUCCAGUUUUGUACAUAUUAGAAGAAUUACUGUACUGCAGCAUGUGUCCCUACAUGGGAACAGAUGGUUCUUGUACAGCAGAUAGAAUUUAAUAACACUUUAUGAACCUUUCAUUGUCCAAACUUUUAAUAAAAGUGAAAAGAUUUAAACAUGUGUUCUUUGAUACCAUAUAUCUACCUGUCUGUCUACAGUUUGGUAAAAUGAGUCUUCUGUGAUCAGCAUAA